GUUCGCCAGUUCAAAAUCGAUGAAAAAGGAGCAGUCGUAUCCAGAGGCGAUUCAUUUAGACGGAAGAGGAAUGAAGUCACUGUAAAAAAUGAUAAAUCACCAUCACCCUAUCUAAUAUCCGGGUCCGAUUCGACCAGGGAAUCACGCAGCGAGAGUGUAUCAUCCAGCGAAGAAUCGCGAAGGGAAACGGCUGUGGGAAUGGCGGAUGAUCCAUCAACUAGUCAUAAAACGUACAAGAUUUAUGUAGUCGGAGAUGCGGGUACGGGAAAAUCGUCGCUUAUUGGCCAACUUAUCACAUCAGAGUACAAAAACGCUUUCGCCGAUGAAAUCCAAGAUUACGAAAAUACGGUAUCGAUAAGCCUCGGUGGACAAGAGUUGGAUUUGAUAUUCUUUGAAAGUGAUAUGGUGAGUAAGUUCUUAAGAAAAGGCCUAAUUCUGAUGGAAUGUGCAGAGAAAAAUUUUGGCUCAAAGGAGUAGAU